AUGACCAUAUCUGCUCAGGUCGUUCAAUACCCAAUGCAGCUAAAACACUUGACCACCACAAGUUCUCUAUGGCCUGGAUUCCAGUUUCGGCGCAGCGGCGAAAAAUCCGUACAAUCUGUAGAGAGAAAAUGUUUUCGGCGCAGUGGCCGGGAUUACGUGCUGAGAUGUUGCAACAGCAGAAAAGCUGUUGACAUUGGUGAAGCUGCCUUCAUAACAUCUCUCAACUUGAUGUCGAGGAUGCUGUUUUCAAGCGAUUUUGCCAGUUAUGAUACCUAUUCAUCUCAAGAAAUCAAGAACGUUGUCUUCGCUGUCUCGACAUGUCUUGGUCUUCCCAAUCUUUCAGAUUACUUCCCUGUCCUCGAAUCGAUUGAUCCACAAGGAAUCAUGCGUAACUCAAAGCCCUGCUGCCAAAGUUUGUUCGAUAUUUUCGAUGUCAUCAUAAAGGAACGGCUGCUUGCCAGAGAAAGGUCAUCAGAGACAAAGAAAAAUGAUGUUUUGGAAGCCCUUUUGGAUGAACACGUCAAGAAUGAUUCUGAAUUCAGCCUCGAUAUCCUAAAACAUUUGCUAUUUGUGAGUAUAAAUUCACCAUCAUCGUGA